AUGGCGUCGCCUCUGUGGCGCCAGUCGUCACUGACGACGUACCUGCCGUCGACGGCGGCGGCGUUCGCGGGGUCAGGCGGAUUCCAAGCCGAGGCUGCAAGCAUGAUGAUGCGGCACGGCGCGUUCGCGGCAGCGGCGACGCUGUCGCGCUUCCCCGUGCCCAUGAUGACGUUCUUCGACUCCCUCGACUCGCGCUCCGACUCGGACUCUACAAACGUCGAAUCCAACUCCCAGGCGCCGGCGACCGGCGGGCCCGGUCACUACGUGCGGCCGGUACCGCCGCUGCUAGAGGUACCAGCGGAAUCGUUUAUUGACACGUCAGCAGACCUUGCUGGCUCCGGCGACUCGGAGUCGCUGCGGCAAAGCGAGGUGCGCUUCGACGCGUGGAUGGACCACGAUGCGGCUGCUGACGUGCCAACGCCGCGCUUGCCGCGUCGCCGUCAAGGUUACGCCGCCGCCGGAGUCCGCGGAACAGCGGCCAUGGCAGCGCAAACGGAGCGGCGCGGAGGCGAUGCCAGCGGGAUUGCCGCUACUAUUGGUUCCUCAGGCGCUAGCGUCGCGCUAACUGAUGCCUCAGCCGCUGUUUGCCACUCGCAGACGAGGAGUGCCGUCGGAUUGCCUUCCGGUUCCGGAAACGAGCUGCGAUUCGCUUCGGGAGACGGCGGAAUGGAAGGCGACGGGUCUUUGGGAGCUUCGGAACGAGCAGCCGCUGCGGCUGCCUCGAGUGCGCGACCCGGGUUUGUGCGGCAGCGCGCCACGUCAGCAUGCCUCGACCUGUCCUCGUCUAAUAUCACUGCUGGCAGCGGUGACGGCUCCGGCGGCGGCGACAGCGGCGAGGAGGAUUUUCGCGAGAGGUCGCGCGGCGGUCGCGGUGGAAGAGCGGGGAGCUCGCUGUUCGAGGAGUGGACGGAUCUGGGCGGCAGGCCGCCGUGGGUGGCAGGCGACAGCGGGAAUACGCCUGGCAGGGACGCAUCGACAAAGGCGACUGAGACUCGGCGGCCCAUCUUCCACCAGAAGACCCCGUCGGGCCGCAUCCUGCAGGAGCUGUUCGACCUGGAGAACGGCCCCCUGGACCUCGAGUUCCUAGUCAGUCUGCGCACGCCCAGCCGCCGCCACUACGACUCGCCCGCUCACUCCUCCUCCGCUCGCUCCUCGCCUUACGCCCGCUGCACCCCGACCGCCACACCCCCCCGGCCCCCCUCCUCUCUCGCUCCCUCUCCUCCAGCUCCUCCUGCUUCUACUGCCGCUGCUGCUUCAGACGGCCCCACUCUGUCAGAUGCUGCCUCCGCCUCCGCCCCACUCGGUUCAGCAGCUACUGAAUCCGCUAUUUUCAGCGCUGCUUCUUCAGAAUCUCUUGCCCCUCAAGAUUCUGCUCUUGCUUCCGCACGUCCAGCUGCUGCUGCUGCUGACGAUUGCAGUGUGGAUGACGAUGACGAGGCAGCAGCAGCAGCUGUGUCAGCAUGGGCGGCGGUAGAGCUGGUGGAUGGGUCGGUGUCGCCAGCUGCUUCUGUCUCACGAGGUUGGAUCGCCUCUGCUGCGCGCUCGCGCUUCAUCUCUCGCAUCGCUAGCAGCUUCAACUACUCCUCCCUGCAUGGCCGCCGCAGCCUCUUUGGCUUGCGUGCCAAGAGCAGCAGCGGCAACAAGGCAGGCCUGCACGAUGCUGCGUGGCGCAUGCUGGUGCUGCAGCAGCAGAAGAUCGCCACAAUGGAAGAGGAGAUUCUGCAGCUCAGGCAGCGCUGCCGCGUGGCUGGACUAGGCUCGGAUAAAAGCAGGAGCGGAGGGGAAGCGGUGGCUGCUGCCGGCUCAUCCGAGGUUGAUGGUUUUGUGUUGGAGGAUCAGGGUGGGGGAGGGGCGUCGGGAGCAGUCUAUGCCGGGCUUGGGCAGUAUUCGGUGAUAAGCGUGCACAGAGGGCUGAGAGAGGGAGCACACGCAAGGGGGGAGAAAACGUUUCGGAACCUUCCACAGCUGGAAAUGGGCAGUGAUGGGAGGGAUUGCUUGGGAGGCAAUGAUACUAUGAGUGUGCGCAUUCCCUCGACCGGCUCCUCCCAUUCCACAUUGAGUUGGACGAGCCAUGCUGGCCGCGUGGAUUCAUCAGCGGAUAACCUUUUCUCGCCUCGGUUUUCCCCACGGCCUGCUGUUGCGGCCAUGGGUGCUGCUGCUGCGGCUGCUGCUGCUGCUGUUGGGAAGGGUCUGGUGUCGAGUCCUUCUGCAGGCGGCAUGCGGCAUGGUUUCAGGGCUUUUUAG